UGGAUUGUGGUCUUCGGGGUAUAUAUGUGUACAUGUAUUUCGUGUUCUGACCCACCUUCCCCCUUCGUCAGCUUCUUCUCUCUGCCACCCAUCACCUCUUCCUCUGUUCUUCAAGAGCUAUUCCUUCGAAGCAUGGCUCUCUCUGGUGGUCACAAAGAUAGAGGAGAGUUGAGGAUUCAUGAGAGUUUGGAUGAACUAAAGACAGAUUUGGCUGAUUAUAUUGCUGAAAUAUCAGAGAUAUCUGUGAAGGAACGGGGAGUCUUUGCCAUUGCUUUAUCUGGUGGUUCUCUCAUUGGCUUAAUGGGAAAACUCUGCGAAGCUCCUUAUAACAAGACUGUUGACUGGUCCAAAUGGUAUAUCUUCUGGGCCGAUGAGCGUGUUGUCGCUAAAAACCAUGCUGAUAGCAAUUAUAAGCUUGCAAAGGAUGGCCUUUUAUCCAAGGUACCAAUUGUUCCCAGUCAUGUGCAUUCUAUAAAUGAUUCAAUGUCAGCAGAAGAAGCUGCCGAUGACUACGAAUUUGUCAUCCGACAGUUGGUGAAAACCCGCGUGGUCAACGUGUCUGAAAUCAGUGACUGCCCAAAGUUUGAUCUCAUACUACUUGGAUUGGGUCCAGAUGGCCAUGUUGCCUCUCUGUUUCCUAAUCACCCAGCACUGAAUGAGAGGGAAGAAUGGGUUACUUUCAUUACUGAUUCCCCAAAACCUCCACCUGAGAGAAUCACAUUCACAUUGCCUGUCAUAAAUUCUGCAUCCAAUGUAGCCGUGGUAGUCACCGGUGACAGCAAAGCAGAGGCUGUACGCUUGGCAAUAGAUGAUGUUGGACCUGAAAGCCCAUUGAUACCGGCGAGGAUGGUCCAGCCUGGGAAGGGGAAGUUGGCAUGGUUUUUGGAUAAGCCGGCUGCCUCAAAACUUGAAGCUUCCAACUUGUCCAAGUAGUAGUUUGAGGAAGUCCCUUGUAGAGAGGUUUAAGUUUGUAUGUAGUGAACUUGAAAAAGACAACUGUGGAUCCUUGGAUUCUGCCAUGAAAAAGGUUAAAAAAAAAAAAAAAUCUCCAUUUAGCCUUUUCUUUCUCUUUCUUUCUCCCGUUGGGGUCUUUUGGAGAAGUGUGAUGAUCCUUUUUUUUUUUUUUUUUUUGGGUAAGCGGCCAAUAAAGUUUUUGAGAGCGUCAUUGAAAGUGCCUUAGUAUGGUUCUAUUUUCUUAUAGAGAGAGUACUGAAGUUCUGAUGAUGGUCUUUUUCAUGUAAGCAAUUCGGAAAGGCAAAUCAGGUUCUAUGUUUCCUUUAUAUCUCCCCAAGUCUCUUGUUAUUUAAAAUGGUUUGUUUGAAAUCUUAAUUUAUUGUCUCUCCCUCUUGAUGAAAUAUUAAAGUUAUUAUUUUUUUUAA